CUUUUUGCCAGGUCGAUGUGUAGGUCUAAGAAUUAAAAGCCCAAAAUUUCAAAUUGCCGCUUUUCAGGGGAGGGGGGAGUACUAAUAAAGCAGCAUGGAUACAGAUAUACAAAUAUGAUACAGAUAGAUCUGUAAUGAAGGGAACUGUUCCUUUAAAUGCGGGCUUGGCUGCGGCUGACAUGUUUUAGACAGGAAGGAGGCCAUCUUUCGCCUCUUCUGUCCUAAGAGGAGGAAGUGAAUUGAAUUUUGCAUGGCAAAAGCAGCAAGCCAUGGCAGAUAACUACCGGGACUACAACUUGACAGAGGACCAGAAAAUCGUUAAGACGAAGUACCCUCCUCUCAAUAAGAAGUAUGAAUAUCUGGAUCAUACUGCUGAUGUGCAGUUGCAUGCCUGGGGAGAUACCUUGGAAGAAGCAUUUGAACAAUGCGCCAUGGCCAUGUUUGGAUACAUGACGGAUACAGAGACGGUUGAACCUCUGGACACAGUAGAGGUGGAAGCAGAGGGACAUGACAUGCUGUCUCUUCUCUUCCACUUUCUGGAUGAGUGGCUUUAUAAAUUCAGCGCCAAUGAGUUUUUCAUUCCCAGGGAAGUUAAAGUGCUCCACAUUGACCGAAUAAGAUUCAGAAUAAGAUCUAUUGGGUGGGGAGAAGAGUUCUCUUUGCCCAAGCAUCCCCAGGGCACAGAGGUCAAAGCUAUAACCUAUUCAGCAAUGCAGAUUCAUGAGGAUGAAACACCCGAGGUCUUUGUCAUUAUUGAUAUCUAAACAAAGUACCACAAAAAACUGCUUCACCCUGGUUUAUCUACCAGAAGUGCUGUACAUCCUAAUUGAAGUGUUUGUCCUCCUGGAAAUGAAUCGGCAGAGGGCUAAAUGAACCAAAGUGGUGAGGAGCAUCAGGUUGGAUGUAGCAGCUUGAAUAGAAGACUCCCGAGUAAUGUCCAGCUCUACUCUGGUGGGAGACUAAUAUUCUUUAGUGAAAGGAAAUGCAGGGAUUUAAGACUAUUCACUCUCUUCUGUCUUAAUAAUACUACCUCUUCUAUUGCUUCUUUUGUCAUUUAUAGCCCAUUGUGAAAUACCCAUCAUAAAAUGCUGCUUUCCUCCAGUGAGAAGUUGCCAGGAAAUUAGCCUAAAUCCUCUCCCCUUACAAAGCCAUUUGAAACAGUAGUCUGAUGCCGUCAUAAUGUUCCCAGUCACCUUCAGCCACGGUUAGGAGAUGACAGAAGCCUGCCUCCCAGGCUUCCUCUUCUCCUGUUCAUGUGUUAGUUCCCACCAACAACACUAUGGUUUUCCCUAGCAGAUAGGUUGUUCCAGAACAUAGUUACAAAGAAAAUCCUGGUUAGCGUUCCUGAUUAAUGCUGCUUCAGACAUUACACUACACCAGGCAUCCCCAAACUUGGCCCUCCAGAUGUUUUGGGACUACAGUUUCCAUCAUCCCUGACCACUGGCCCUGUUAGCUAGGGAUGAUGGGAGUUGCAGUCCCAAAACAUCUGGAGGGCAGAGUUUGGGGGUGCCUGCACUACACCAUGGUUAGAGCUGUAGUGGCUGAUGAGGCACGUUUGCUUGGCUGGCUUCCUAACAGCAGGUUGCUGGUGCUUAUCAGAGGGUGAGGUGUGGGGAGAUUGGGCUGGUGUGGCACAUGGCAGUGGAUCCAAGCUCCCUACCUCAGUCCUCCCCUCUCCUCAGCGACCUGCAGUGUUGGCAGGCCAGGAGAACCAAGAUACCCCACCUGCACUGCCUCACCAACUGCUGCUGGUUAAACUAAACCAUGGAAUGGAGAAGGGAAUUCAUGCAUGCUGGGGAAAAGGGAGCUUCGCAGUCAAUGCCACACUCCCAAUGCCUUAACCACAGUUAAAGAUCAGAGCUAUUAUGUCUCCACUGAAAGGAAAGAGGAAAGGAAAGGAACAGAGCACACAAACAAUUGCCCCCCACUCCCGAGGAGCAGCAUUUGUUUUUGACAAUCUAUAUGAACAUACACACAUAACUUGAAUUGCAGACUUAACACACACAACUUGUGAUUGAAACAACGGGUCCCAGUCUUUUAUAAGCAGCAUUUGUUUCAUGGGGCUUGCAGAGGAGCAUAUCUUGGUGGCAGGUGUCUUACACUGGGCCAUCCCUUUGCACCAUGAUACAAAUCCAGCAUUUUUUGUCAGGAGAGGGUACAAAAUAUUUCUAGAAGGCAGCCUUCGUCAAUGUCCAUCAGUCUCAGCUAGCAUGGCUUUGCAGGCUGAGGCUGAUAGGCCUUGUAGUUCAAAACGGCUGAUGGGCUGCAUAUAAGAAGAGAAGACAUCAUAAGAGGUGUAGACAGAGUGGUACUCUGUGUUAAUUUGUGUGUGAUUUCAGUUUUGAUGUGUUCCACUUAGCUCUACAAUUGUGUGAGGUUAUUGGUGUAUUGAUUGGAGUAGGCACCCAUCUAUUUACGUAAAUGACAGAAAAAGGAGAAUCUUGGUUUUAAUUUAAAAGACUAUUUUUAAAAAACAUGUAAAAAUAAAAUCCAUUUUACAAAACGUAA